AGUGCUCCUACUUUCAUUUUUGAUAUAGGUUGCUAAGUUACGUGUCAACUUUCGGUGGCGCUAAUAAACAAGAUGGCCGACGGAAAUAACAGCCGUUACAGAAUGGAGUGACCUUUACACUUGACAAAAAUGGGGAAUGCUCAGAGUGAAGAAGAAAGGCUCUUCUUCUUCCAACAGGACAGUGAGCAACCCUUAACCAAGAAGCGAUACAGGAAGCUCCCCGAGGAUCUACCCGAGGGGCUCAAGUUCGCUCAUCUGCACCCCAAAGUCGCGGCUCUGUAUGCCCAAAAGGAGCGGGAGAAUCAACGGGCUGCUGAAAAAGAUCCAUUUGGAGAUGGACUGGGGAAUAAAAGUUUGUUACCCAACAUCAAUCAGGCUGUAACUCACAUCAAGAACCGAUUAGACAGUGCACUGUCCAAUGAUGAGGACUCACAGAGAUUUCUGUUUGAGGACACGAAGACCACAGCAGCUUCUGUGUUACAACAGUUAGCUAAAUAUCUGUAUUUCUAUGAUGGUAUAGCUAGUCAUGUGCCAAAGAGUUUGGAGUAUCAGCUGAUGAGUAACUGGAAAGAUCUGACCAAUGACGUUAUCAUUGUGCCAAGAGAAUGGCAGACCACGGAGAUUCGCGACCAGUAUUAUAAUUCUCUCAGAGAGGCUCAAAGUGACGACGAUAGUGACAAUGAAACCAAGGUUGGGAAAUCCUCAGAAAAAUUGGAAUCCAAGUCCAAAUCGAAAAAACUUAAUAAGCCCACCAUCCCUGAUAUUAUUGAAGAUGAAUUCCGCCCAGAUAAACCCGCAAAUAGACGGUCAGAAAGCAGAAUGUCUACAGUGUCUAUUUCCAGGGGAAAGCUGGAUGUCAAAGGAUUAGCUUCCAAAGGGUCACGGGAACACAGGGGAUCAAUUGCAGGCAUCCGCUCACCAGCCAUGCGGAAACAGACGCACGACGACCUGAUUUCCAACUUUGGGGAAACCCCUUCUGAUCCCAGAUCUACAGCCAUGGCUAAUCCAUCGUUUGGACAGCAAGUUGUUAUUAACUUCGCAAUAUCAUCAAAACUGUGUCAGGAUAAAGGCUGGAUAAUAGAGAAAGGCAAACCUGAAGUUGAACCACAGAAAGUAUAUGAAAACUGCAUUCAAAUCUUGCAGGAGUUCUUGAAGAAAAUAGAGACAGAGCAAAAGGAUGACUCAGACAGGGGCCAUGAUAAAGAAGUCCUGGUGCGUUACUAUGGCGAUUACAAGAAAGAAGUUCUACUGAAGUACCGGAAAACUCCUGCAAAACCGCAAAUAAACUCACUUUUUAAAACUGGAAAACCAAAAAUACCUCCACUGCAUGAAGAGCGCAAUCAAGGGAAGAAACUCUUACAAGCCACACACCAGGAUGGUACAAGUGUUGUUUACUAUCCUUCGGGCAGGUCUGCCAUUGUUUACUGUUCAGCAGGAGCGGAGCUUGGUCGCCCUGGAUACUAUCUCAUCGCCUAUGAUGACACCAACGAUCACCGGAUGCUGGCAUGUUUCACUCCAGCUGGAAGAGGAGUCUGCUAUUCCACCAAUGGAAAUAUUAGGUUUUUAUCUACGGAGAAAGGUGGACAUUUAGCAGAGGCUGAUGGUACUAUUGUUAGAAAGUGGAAAUGGCCAGUGAAUAACGUUAAACUGACAUCUCCUGCUAACGUUCAGUUAAACAGUAACCUAGUUUUUCGCUGUAAUGGCCAGAACUCCAUGUCCCUGAUGUUCAGUUGUCAGAAAGAGCUGGCCAGGUUCAGUGCCAGCCCCGCCCCUGGGGCUACUGAGUACCGACCCAGUGAUGAAAAUGAGCACCUCCUGAUGACCUUCACCUAUACCUCCAAGGCAGCACGAGACUUGAUGAGACUAUUUGCCCCCAAACACAAACAGCGCUCCAAGAAACAGGGGGCCAGAAAGCAAAAGGGUCACCUAGCAGAGAUACAGAAGCUGCUGGUGGACUUCCCUGAUAAGACGCAGUAUGAACUGGAGGUGGACAAAGAGCUUGCCAGACUGCAGAGGAAGGCCAGAAACCUUGUAGAUGAUUGGUUAGAACAUUACCGCUUGGCUGUUGGACUUAAAUCCCCUCACAUGCUGAAUGUCCGCGAAUCUCCGGAUUUCUCAUCUCAAGCACGCAAUAUACAGUCUGCUAAAUUAGCAGACGGUGGACAGGCAGCUCGGCUCAAACAUCUUGGUCUUGAGACACUGGUAGACUACAAGAAACAAAGAGCCCCUUCAGCACCUUUAGACCCCGUACAUAUAGUCUCCCAUAGCACUGUGUUUGUGACUCAGUGCUCUAGUAUGAAGGACAGGUCAGACUUAUCGAAAUCACUGGACGCAGACACUUCAAAGUCAAAGAGAGGCCAGAAGAGUGGGACCCAGAGCGCCGUCAAGUUUGAUGAUGGUCCACAGGAAGGGGAGGGGGAGGAGGAGGCUGCCUCACCCACAGCGCUAGCCAUGCUGGACAGACUGUCCCAGUCCGCAGGUAAACGAUCAGCCAGGAGUAACACCUCGGCCGUCUCUAGCGCCCCACUCUCACGCCAACACACCGCCACCUUCAGGUCAGAAAACUCAAAUAAUCAAUUCAACAGGAUUCCCUGCCCGAUCGCACUCCGCCAAAGGAUUCUGGGAUUGGACCAGCCCUCUUGUCGGUGUAGCCGCCAUUAUAUCCCUCAGAUUAUGGACAUUGAGUAUGAUGAGUUUAUACAGAUGGAGGCUCCAGACACUCAGAUUAUUGUGAUUGCUGUCAUUUCUUCAUUGUUCCCUCACACCAGCAGCUCCGACCAAAUGAUUGAGGAGAUCUACCUGUCACAGAACCGGAACCGGACCAAGCCAUGUGUCCAGAGCCGGACGGACAUGUUCCGGAUUCUCCAGUACGACAUCAACUCAGCCUCAGAGGGGUCGGACCACACACAGCCUCUGUUACUGACCAGACACAAUGUAGUCCCCGGCAUGUUCUUGAUUUACUUGGCUGGGAAAUUGCUGUUCUGUGAUCACAUAUUCAAUGGCUAUGGAAAUGCCAGAAAGGACUUUAAGAAGCAGCUGAUGAAGUCCAGGGUAGAGGCUCUUCAAGGCUUCUCCCUCCCCAAAGACUUCAGAUUCAGCCCCAGCAGAGGUCGAAGUGGAAUGAGGAGUGGAUGGGGAGGGGAGAUUGGAGGUACGGGGGUGGAUCACUACGGAAACCCAGGCACGGCCUACGAUACCUCACUAGUCCCGCUGUCCAGAUCCAUGUCUUCACUGAGCGAUGAGAAGAAAGAGGCCCCUAUUGAUACUGUCAAGGAGAUUUACGUCAAAAUAGGACCAUUGCUAAAUAUACAAUCUUUAAACAGGAAAAGUAGAUUUCGACGUAGUAAUAAAAGACGACAUAAUUUCGCAUAUCGAAGUUCAGAAAGUCUUAUACUGACCAGGCAGCGUCCUUACGUACCUUCUUACGUAGAACUACAGGGAUUUGAUGAUAACCAGCUGGAUUCAGAUGAAGAGUUGAUACCAACAUAGUUUCUUGUAUCUCUAUUCCUGGGGAGUUUCGUGAAUUAGAUCCCCGUCGGAACCUCUCAGCUCCUGGCAGACGAUUGGUACAGGGAUCAGUCACAUGACAGUCAUGUGACUUUAGAAA